AUGGCUCGUCUGGGAAGGUUGGGCUUCCUGGGGCUUGCCGUCCUAUUUCACCUGAUCUACAUAUAUUCGAUAUUCGACAUAUAUUUUGUUUCCCCAAUUGUUCAUGGCAUGCAGCAAUACCAUGUUGAUGUUCCGGCACCAGCGGAAAGGCUGUUCUUGAUUGUUGGUAUGCAGAUUCAUUUUCGGGGGUGCAAUCUCAACUCUCUGCGAGUAUACCGCUUCCUAAGCUCCUAGCUGAACCCCAAUCUAGGCGAUGGUCUCCGUGCCGACAAGUGUUUUCAAUCCCAUGACGACCCGGACUAUCCUUCGGAAAAUCGCUACCUCGCCCCUUUCAUCCGAUCCAAAGUUUUGAACGAUGCUACCUUUGGCGUUUCUCACACCCGCGUACCUACGGAGUCCCGUCCGGGACAUGUGGCGCUUAUUGCCGGAUUAUAUGAGGAUGUCUCUGCCGUCACGACUGGUUGGAAGCUUAACCCAGUGAACUUCGACUCGGUUUUCAAUGAGAGUCGGCAUACUUGGGCGUGGGGGUCCCCGGAUAUCCUCCCAAUGUUUAAGCAUGGGGCCAGCGACGAGGGAAGAGUGGACUCAUUUUCUUAUGACGAAGAGAUGGAGGACUUUACGGCUGGUACGGUGUUAUUGAGACUUUUAGAUUUUGUUUGGAGAUGUAAAGCUAACACUGGCUCGGGGUUCAGAUUCGACCGAUCUUGAUAUUUGGGUUUUCGACCGCGUCAAGGAGCUGUUCGAAUCGGCUGCGCACAAUGACACCCUCAACGCGAUGCUCCGGCAGGACAAGGUUGUCUUUUUCCUUCAUCUCCUUGGUUUAGACACCGCCGGUCAUUCCUACAGACCAUACUCGGCCGAAUAUCUCCGAAACAUCAAGGUUGUCGAUGAAGGAGUCCAGAAGAUCCAUAACCUCGUUAAUGACUUCUAUGGAAAUGAUGAUAAGACUUCAUGGAUAUUCACUGCCGACCACGGCAUGAGCGAUUGGGGAUCCCACGGAGAUGGGCAUCCAGAUAACACUCGUACUCCUCUUGUUGCAUGGGGCGCCGGCAUCAAAAAGCCGGUAGCAUCCAAGGUACUGGAGGUGACGGGUCAUGAAGACGGUUUCUCCGAUGGUUGGGGGCUAGGUGCUGUACAGAGAGUAGAUGUCGCGCAAGCCGACGUAGCUGCGCUUAUGGCCUAUCUUGUCGGAUUGAACUUUCCAGUCAAUUCCGUUGGAGAGCUUCCGUUAGAAUACCUUGAUGCAAAUGUCUCCGUGAAAGCAGAGGCAUCCUUGGCGAAUGCAAAGCAAAUUCUUGAAAUGUACAAGGUCAAAGAAGGUUAGUUCGGAUCUCUCCUUAUCCGCCUUCUCCAUGGAAGAUGGAUUUCGGGGGCGAAUGAUGGUUCAUGAUGGUGCUAUGAAGCCAUGGUUUACUAAUUUUAACAGAGCAGAAAAAGUCCACGACACUACGAUACGCCGCUUUUGUGCCCCUGAGCGAGGGCGAGCAAUCUCUCGAAAGUCGUUUUGCGGAAAUCCGGGGGCUUAUCGAUAGUGGAUCACAUGAAAGGGCUAUUGGAAAGUGUGUAGAGCUGGUUAAGGUUGGCCUAGAAGGCCUCCGGUACCUUCAAACGUAAGACACAUAUACCUUCUGCGCGAAAAAUACAAUGAUAGCUAAAUGGCCCAGGUAUGACUGGCUUUUUCUGCGGACCUUGGUCACUGCGGGGUAUCUAGGAUGGAUUGCAUUUUCACUCACAACAGUUAUCGACCUGCAUGUACUCCACGGAAGAACCGAACCUACCCGAACUAUUGGGAGCUCUAUAUUCUUCAUUUCUAGUCUCGUGGCAAUUUAUUCCGUCCUUAUGAUUCAAAAAUCUUCCUGGACAUAUUAUGCAUACGCCUUUUUCCCGGCGAUGUUCUGGGAGGAAGUAUAUGCGAGGAAAAAUUCGGUCGCAGAAGGGACCCGACAGCUUGUAGCGCACCUGAACUCAUGGAGUGCAUAUAUGGGGUUGGGUGCCGAAAUAGUCGGAUUUCUUGUGUUACUCGAGGCCAUGGUAGGAUUCCUUUCUCUCCCUUCAAUUGCCAAGUGUGGGGUUGGAUGUGAGGGUUGUGACUAAUGUAUUCUAAAGGUGUUUGGAUACUUUCACCGUGAAGUUUUUACGGGAUGCUUCCUCCUUGCAACUGCAUGGCCCCUAUUCUAUGGAUCUGCCUUUCUCCGAAACAACAAGUCGUUGGUCGCGAGUUGGAUGAUAUGCUGUGGCUUGAUGAGCACUUUCACCCUGCUGCCUGUGAUCAAGCAGGAAAGUGAGAAUCUGAUGUAUGUGUGGUGUAUUCUUACGAAAGAGGAGGUCUGAUAUUAUCAAGUGCUAAUCACAAGUAGAUUGCUAGGGGGGGUUUUCAUGUUUUCCCUAGGGUUGCUUUACAUGAUGUUCGGAGAGGCUAUUGUCAAUGGUCGCGAUGGAGCUCGGGUAGCCAGAAGUCAAGAUUGGAUAUCAAAAUCCAUACUGGGAUUCCAGGUAUAUUCCGUCGCCCCUAGAUAACUCGGGGGGAAUUAGAGUGCUGGGACUCGAUAGAUACUAACUGUGGGUACGAAGCUUGGGUUGAUAGGACUCUCCAUGUUUGUGACGAGAUCCAGUGUCAGAUCUCUGCAAGCGAAAUCAGGCCUUCCUCUUGGAAAUCAAGUUGUGGGGUGGCUUGUGCUUGGUUAGUUUGAAUCCCUCCCCGCAUUGCAUAAUGUGCCCGGCACCACCGUUCCUGUUCCAUACUUACCGAAUUUCCCGAAAACCGCAGUCUUGUCGAUCGCUUGCCCGUUCCUGCAUGGAAUUCGACCCCAGAGUCAUUAUCUCCAUAGGCUAAUGGCCAUUUUCCUCACCUUCUCGCCCAUAUUUGUAAUCCUUACCAUCUCGUAUGAGGGGCUGUUCUACGUGAUGUUUUGCCUUACACUUGUUGCCUGGGUCCGUCUGGAACACAAGAUCCACCUACACUCGUACCGAAAGCAGCUGGAGCCUCCGGGACUUCACGAAGGGGGAACGAAAGAUGCAUCUUCCGGACCGGGCGAAACACUCAAGACGAGUUCGACGGCUUCCGCAGGCGGACCGCAGUCCCCGCAUUCCCAAACAUGGAGAGAACUAACCCUUGGCGAUGCAAGGAUUGCACUGUUCUUCUUUUUCUUGAUCCAGGUGGCAUUCUUCGGAACUGGAAAUGUUGCUUCAUUGUCAUCUUUCUCUCUAGACAGCGUAUAUCGCCUUAUACCAGUGUUUAAUCCAUUCGCAAUGGGGGCACUUUUGGUUUUAAAGCUGAUGGUUCCGUUCGCGGUGAUCUCAGCAAACCUUGGGAUCCUGAACAGGAGGAUCGGAGUGGCGCCAAGCUCUCUGUUCAUGGUAGUCAUGGCCAUAUCAGAUGUCCUAACACUCAACUUCUUCUUUAUGGUUCGGGAUGAAGGGAGCUGGUUGGACAUUGGUACCACCAUCAGCCAUUUCUGCAUAUCGAGCCUGUUGGGGGUUUUCGUCUCCGCAUUGGAAUUCAUGAGCGAGGUUUUUGUUGGGGGGGUUAGCAUAGAGGGCGGGAAUCCCAUCCUCUCCUCUCGCUCUCCUUCUUUGAAUGGUGGUGUAAAAGCGCAGAGCGGGGGAUCCACGAAAGGCUCGAACGGAAAGGUUGCCAACGGGGUGUCU